UAUUGUUAUAAAAAAGUAAUGUACUUUAUUUAAUUUUUCCUCAAAUUUAUCCAUUUGAUUUUGAUCUGUAUUAAUAUGACCUGCAUUGCAUAUUGAUUUUGAAAACUGCUCCGGGUUGCUCGUAGUCCUGGUAACCUUAGUAAAUUGUAGCUAAGAACUGCAAGAAAAAUGUUCCACUUUUGGAGCCAACAACAGAAAAGCCAUGGUUUAAUACUCAAUGAAAUCCGUGCAACAUGUCAGGCGAAGGGGAAAAACAUCACAGAGGCGAUGGCAAAGUUCACAGUAGCCAACAUGCUCGUGAUUCCUAAGCACAAGUUCUAUGACAACUCAAGGGAUCCCUAUCAAGACAUAAUCAGGAUAACAAAUUUAGCUAUUAAAGAUAUCAUGUCAAAAUCGGGGAUCAAGCUACAGAUGAUGAAAGCUCAAGCAUAUUUUUCACUCGAUUUUGGAGGACAAGAACAGGUACUCGAAGAACAUGCAAAACUUUAUGACUUAUACAUCCAACCACUUAAGAAACAGAUUAUAAAUGUUAUGCCGAAUGAUCCCAUCCAAAAUUCCACAAAGGUUUUGUUCAGACAAAUAAUACUUUAUCUUGUACUUUCAUCAGGGAUGGGUGACCCAAGCCAACCAGAUGUCUAUAAUGAAGCAGAAUGUGCUCUGGCAAGUGUACUGUCUCAAGAAGAUUUAUUGAAAUUCAUAAAGCUCACCCGCUAUAAAAAAUCAUUAGAACUUGAAGAAAUGAACAAAUUGCUUGUUGGCAUUCGUUUAUUCAACAAUAUGAGGAGGCUGGGAGGAGCCGGAAUCGAUGAUAUGCCACAACUUUUAACAAAGGCAGCAUUUUCGAUGGAAACCAUAUUGAAUGAAUCCAUUGGGAGAAUUGAGUGCAAAUUAACCCCGUUAGAAAAGGCAUUCGAGAUGGAGUACGAAUGGGAUUCAAAAAAUAAGAAUUUCCUACUGCGAUCAAAACGUAGUCCAUUUGGUAGUAACGAUGUAAAAUUGGCAAAAGAACUUUUAUGCCUUUGGCAACAGAUUUCAUUUUAUUUGAAUGUGAUAAAACAAAACAUCAAAACACAUCUUACUGAACUUGAAAAUGUUAAAGAGGCACUAAAUAAAAGACUGACUUCAUUAAUUGAACACACUAAAUGCAAAGUUGCUAUUGAGACUUCUGUGAUAUAUCCUCAAUUCAGAAAAGUUUUCAAGUACUGGAAGACAUUUCAAGAAAUGCUGAUUCUGUAUAGUGUUUACAAUAAAUUGCUGAAAACGAUGAUGCAAUACGCUAAGGUCAAGACUAUUCCAAAAUGGGUUCUGAAAAUUGUAAAUAGACCUCUUGACUUUUUUGAAGAAGAAACAAUUGGAGAAGUCAUCUCUCAGCAGUUGGUUUUGCAGGAUGUUAUUUAUCCUGAAAACAAUGAAGUUUAUACCUUAGAGAUGGGUGGAUUUUGUCCAACUUACGCUCUACUCGCAGAAGGCGUGGUUUUAAAAGCCAGACCCCAGAUUGGUAUUGUGAAGUUCGCUGGGAAAUACUAUGGCUUUAGGAAUGUAAAGGCGGCGUACUUUUUCUGCAAGAAUCCAGAUCUGGUUAUAAAGCAAAUUGUGGAUAUGGUGAGAACGAAACCCGAAUACAUUGAACUCCUUCAACUACGGACGGCAAUAAACCAGUUCACUUAUCCAUUUGCAGCGGGAAUACCAUUUAACACGAAAGUAUUAACAUCGAGUGAUAAAUCAGUGCAGACCGACAUACACCCAAUGCCAAGCAUCAUAGACCCUAAGCACCGGUCGAGCACCUGGCAGCUGAAGGAGGACGCAUGCCAACUUGCGAACAUAUUGAAAAUGCGAACACACUCCAUGCAGACAGACCUGUCACAUUUUGCUUAUGAUAUCGGCACACAGGUCAACUUGCCGAAAGCAGUCGAAGUUCAGACCAUGACAGAUAACUACACCAAUACUCCCAAACUACAAAACUUCCUUUAUGGCCUCCGGGGACAGAAAGAGGACAAUCAGCACACCGUCAUACUCACAAGGCCUGUCGAAGAAGGUUUCUAACAAAAUUUGAAUUAAAUGGUAAAUAAAGUUAUGAAAAACUA